AUGCCCUCGCCCUGCGGCCGCCGCUGCCUCCUCGUUGCCUGCGUCGCUUACGGCCUCUUUGCGAAUCACUGGGCGCGCGACUCGCUCGGCGCGCUCGAGGUGCCGCUCGAGUCUGACGCGCCGUACACUCUCUCCGCCCGGCGGUACAACGCUCUCACCUCGCUCUACUUCCUGCCCAACAUCGGUGUCCCCAUCCUCGCCGGCGUCCUCGCCCACCGCUUUGGCGCCGCCGCGACCUACGCCGCCUUCUUUGCGAUCGCAGCCGCGGGCAACGGCUUGGUCGGUGCCUCGGUGGCGGCGGGCGGCGGCGGCGCAUUCGGCCUUCUGCUCGUCGGCCGCGCGCUGAUGGGUAUCGCGUAUGAGGCGGUGGACGUCCUCCCGAUCGGCUUCGUCUCGCCGCGCUUUCGAGACACGUGGACGGCGCUCGUCGGCCUUCUCAACGGCGUCAACCGCCUCGGGUCCGUGACCAACUUUCUGCUCGAGCCGCUCCUGUACCGCGCGGGAGGGCUACCCUUGGCCCUCUCCGUGCCGUCGGCCGUGGGUGCGUCUGGCCUGCUCACCGCGCUGCUCGCUUGGCGGGUCGACGCGUCGCUCUCGCGCGCCGACGAGGCGGCGGCGCAGCGGGCCGAGGAGGAGCCUCUGCGGACGAGCCUGCGCAGCCUGCCGCGCGUCUUCUUCCUCUUCCUCCUCGGCGGCGCGUGCGUGUACGGUGCGGUCGUGCCGUUCUGGUUCAUCGGAGCCAAGCAUCUGCAGUCGAGGUUCGGCAUGCCUCUCGCAACCGCAGACGCGCUGCUGCUGCUGCCCGAGGGCAUGAUCGCCCUAGUCGCCCCUCCGUUUGGACUGCUGAUGGACCGGCGCCGCUGGAGCCUCACCAAGCGGCUGUACUGGUCGGCCGCCUCGCUGGCGCCGAUCCCCGUCGCCCUCCUCCUCCUCGCUUGGCUCGGCCCGGCCGGUGGCGCCCCGGCAUUAGCACCAAACGUGACCACGCUGGCCGCUGGCAACAGCCCGCCUCCCGCCGCUCCCAACCUCCUCGCGCCCGCCCUCGCAACCCUCGUGCUCGGGACUGGGUACGCCUUCGCCCAGAACCUGAUUUGGGCAUCGCUCACGCUGGUCGCGCCCCCGAAGCUGCUGAACCUCUGCUCGGGCGCCCACACGUAG